AUGGAUACGGAAUUUCAUGAUGAAGUUCCUGAGGCGCUUGUCUAUGUUAAGCCAGAAGACAAAGCAUUUCCUACACACGUGCCGUACAUUAUUGUUGGCGCUGGAGCCGCAGGAAUGUCAGCGGCUCGUUCAAUUCGCGCUUCAGAUCCCACGUCGAGAGUUUUAUUGAUUGCUGGCGGUGCUAGUGGAUCAGGCAGAACAUCUGAGCCGGGGAUUGAAGAAACCUCUUAUGUCGAGCCACCUCCAUAUUUAAGACCACCGCUGAGUAAAGAGCUGUGGAAUCGAACAUCGAGCAAAGAAAAAAAGCUGUUACGAAGUGAUGGAGAUAUACGUCGACACUCUUGGCUCUAUUAUGAACCGGAUAGUUUCUUUUUAAAACCAGAAGAUUUAGGCGCUGUACAAUAUGGUGGAGUGGCUCUAGUUCGAGGAGAUCCAGUAGUUCGCCUGGAUCCUGAUAGACAUAUAGUCUUUUUGGCGUCUGGUCGGCAGAUAACUUACGAUCGAUGUCUUUUAGCCACUGGUGGCACACCAAAACGUCUGAAGGAACUAGAAGUAUGCAGUCGAACUGGAGUCGAUUUGACGGAUACUGGACAUGUCUCGUAUUUCCGUAAUAUGGCAGAUUAUCGACGUCUCAGAGAUCUUGCCGACAAACUUCGUGAAACUGGUGGUCGGAUAGCUGUUAUCGGUGGUGGUUUCCUUGGCAGUGAAUUAUCUGUGAGUUUAUUGAAACAACCGGCAAAGUCAACAGAUGCCAGUACAGCAACAACAACAACAACGCCGACGAAGGAUUCCCCAGAUCCAAUACAAUCAAAAUUGUCUGUUAUACAUGCAUUCCGUGAAACAGUCCCUAUGAGCAGUGUGCUACCACCGUGUCUGGCUUCAGCUGUCGGACGUUUUGAAUCAAGUAAAGGCGUGGAGUUGUGGAGUUCUUCAGAUGUUGUCGGCUUGUCACUUGUACCCGAAAACAAAACACAUACUACUACUACACAAGCUACUGUCAAAGAACAGGCUAAAUUUGUCCCUAUGGGAACAGUUGCCGCCAGUACAAGUAAUUCUGAACGUGUUCGUUUGCGUGUUCGUCGUAGCGUAUCAGGAAUUGAAAGAGUCGAAGAAGUCGAUGUUGAUCAUGUUGUUUGUGUUAUCGGCAUCGAUCCAAAUACAGACCUCUCUUCAGAGGCAGGUCUAGAAGUAGAUCCAAAUAAUGGAGGAUUUCUAGUCAAUGCAGAACUAGAAGCCAGACAAGGUGUUUACGUCGCCGGUGAUGCUGCCUCCUAUUGGGAUCCAAUUGUUGGUUGUCGCCGCCGCGUUGAACAUCUCAAUUUUGCUGAAGAAGCUGGAUCGCUGGCUGGUAAAAAUAUGGCUGCCUCUUUGUUAACAUCUGGAACUGCAUGUAGAACUGCAUCGUCAUCGCAUUAUCAGCAUCAGUCGUCUCUAUGGUCUACUCUUGGCCCUGAAUUGUCCUGGGAUGCAGUUGGCCUGAUCGAUUCACGUCUACUAUUAACACGUGGAUUUUUCGCCUCCCCCGAAGAUGACAAUAAUAUAAUGAUACUUCUACUGAUAAAACAACUUCUACACCUCGACCUUUAUCAAGUCUUGUUCCUGACGCUAAUCUUGGACGACUCACCAAGGGCGUAG